GUUGUGAUUAGAAACUUGAAAGGUGAAAUAGAGUUCUACUUGGAAGGGAUAACUACUUGUGGUCAAGAAGAAACCAGGCAUGCAUAAUCCCGAGUUGUGGCUUCAUGUCAUUGUACGGCGGCAGAUACUGGAAAAACCGGUAAAACAAGGAUGUCCUCUGCUACUCUUUUCACGACACCACCACCGUCGGCGACCCGGUCCACGGCGGCGACACCGGCUCAUUUGGACAAGCUGACACUCCUAAUCGACAAGUCGAAAUCCAUAAACCAGCUUCUUCAAAUCCACGCCGCACUCAUUCGGCGUGGGCUCGACCACCACCCUAUCUUGAACUUCAAGCUCCAACGCUCCUACUCCUCCAUGGGCCACCUCCACUACUCCGUGGCUCUCUUCAACCGCACCCAAAGCCCAAACGUCUUCUUAUGGACCGCUAUCAUAAACGCUCACACACACUCUGGUCUCUGCCACCAAGCCCUCUCCUAUUACACCCAAAUGCUAGCCCACCCUGUCCAACCCAAUGCCUUCACUCUCUCUUCACUUCUCAAAGGUUGCACCCUCGAGCCCGCUAGAGCCAUUCACUCACACGCCGUCAAAUUGGGCUUUAGUUCCGACUUGUACGUUACCACGGGCCUCGUUGACGCUUACGCACGUGGCGGUGAUGUUAUGUGCGCUCAGAAAUUGUUUGUUACUAUGCCUGAGAGGAGUUUGGUUACUUUGACGGCUAUGCUUACGUGUUAUGCGAAACAUGGGAUGAUCCGAGAGGCUCGGUUGUUGUUUGAGGGAAUGGAGACUAAGGAUGUGGUUUGUUGGAACGUGAUGAUUGAUGGGUAUGCUCAGCAUGGGUAUCCGAAUGAGUCUUUGUUUCUGUUUAGGAGAAUGCUGGGUGAGAAGGUUAGGCCUAAUGAAGUAACUGUGUUGGCUGUUCUGUCUUCUUGUGGCCAGCUUGGUGCUUUGGAGUCUGGAAGGUGGGUGCAUUCCUAUAUUGAGAACAGUCAACGAGUUAACGUUCGUGUGGGUACUGCUUUGGUUGAUAUGUACUGCAAAUGUGGGAGUUUGGAGGAUGCGCGUAAGGUGUUUGAUUUGAUUGAGGGAAAGGAUGUGGCGGCUUGGAACUCCAUGAUUAUGGGAUAUGGGACACAUGGGUUUAGUGAUGAGGCUUUGCAGUUGUUUUAUGAGAUGUGCUGCAUUAGAUUGAAACCCUCUGAUGUUACCUUCAUUGCCGUUUUGACUGCUUGUGCACAUUCGGGUUUGGUCAGCAAAGGAUGGGAGAUUUUCAAUUUGAUGAAGGAUAGGUAUAUGAUGGAACCACAGAUUGAGCAUUUUGGGUGUAUGGUGAGUCUUCUUGGCCGAGCUGGGCAUCUGCAAGAAGCUUAUGACCUUGUGAGGAGCAUGGAUAUUGAACCUGAUCCUGUCCUGUGGGGAACUUUGCUUUGGGCUUGUAGGCUUCAUAACGAUGUUUCUUUGGGAGAGGAAAUUGCAGGGUUUCUUGUGAGCCAUAAUUUGGCUAGUUCAGGGACUUAUGUUCUUCUUUCUCACAUGUAUGCUGCUGCUGGCAACUGGGUUGGUGUGGCCAAGGUGAGAUCAUUGAUGAAAGACAGUGGAGUUGAAAAGGAACCUGGGUGUAGCUCAAUUGAAGUUAACAACAAGGUACAUGAGUUUCUUGCUGGUGAUUUGAGACACCCAAAGAGCAAAGAUAUAUAUUCGAUGCUGGAAGAGAUAAAUUGUUGGCUCAAGGCCAACGGUUAUAUACCAAAGAUAGAUGUAGUGUUACAUGACAUAGGGGAACAACAAAAGGAGCAAUCCUUGGAAGUUCACAGUGAGAAGCUUGCCUUAGCAUUUGGUCUCAUUAGCACCAAUCCAGGAACUACCAUCAAGAUUGUAAAGAACCUUCGAGUGUGCUUGGAUUGCCAUGCCGUGAUGAAGAUGAUAUCUAAGAUCACUAGCCGAAAUAUAAUAAUGAGAGACCGGAACCGGUUCCACCAAUUUGAGAACGGUUCAUGUUCAUGUGGAGAUUACUGGUGAACGUUUAUUUAUCCACAGAAUUCCUUUCUUCUAAGACAAACACCAGAUUUGUUACCCUUGCUGACUAUUUCAUUGUAACCGCAGUUAACAGAUUACGAGCAUCACGGAUUAUAAAAUUCAUGAGAAUAAAUUUAAGACCUAAAUUCUAUUGUAUAUUAACAUGUCAUUUAAAAUUUUAAACCUCACUCAAAUACCUACCGGUCCUUACAGCAUUUUGACGGUAAAUUAAGGAUGAUUAGAAAGAUAUGAGAGGAUAUGAACUUCUGAUUGCGUGAUAUGUCAACACACUACACAUUCUCAGGAAAUUUUUCUAGUUGAGAUAAAAAUUGUAUCUAUAUAAUAAAUUUAUAUAAUUUUGUGAUAUUUGAAGAAAAGAAAGUAUAUGAUGAAAUGGUUAAUGUUAAAAAACUUGUAAAAACUACUAUAAAAAUUAUGAACAAUGUA